AUGAUUUCUCAAGCAACAAAGAGACUGGCACAGGUGAAACUAUCUCCUUCGAGAAUAGUGAGAGCCAAGAACAGCGCCGCUUUUAAGAAGACAGCGGGUAACUCGUUUGGUUCUUUCAAAGAGUAUAGAGAAACUGCAAAGACUUAUGGGCCAUUAAGCGCAUCGAUUGCUUCAAAACGUAACUUAACGCAUUGUUAA